CGAUGUCUGCUCUGCCUCCAGGUCUCUCCUCAGACGCUUCUGUGACAGUGACCUGCACUUCAAACAGCUGCAAUGCUGAGUACUGACAAACUUUCAGGUGAGUUUGUGCACACCAGCUGUGGAGCCUUUUCAGACACCCAGUUGUAGUCGCCCUUGGACAAAGACAACAGAGGUCCUUACAAUGGAUCAGCCAACAGAAGUCCAAACGGACGGCAGUGCUCUGCUAAAGGCUGUGUAUUUGAGUCGUCUGCGUCUGACUCGGCUCCUCCUGGAAGGAGGGGCCUAUAUAAAUGAGAGCAACGAACUUGGAGAGACCCCCCUAAUGGUGGCUUGCAAGACACGCCACACAGACUCGCAGAGUGUACCCAAACACAAGAUGGUUUGGUACCUUCUGGAGACUGGUGCUGAUCCAAACAUCCAAGACAAGACGGGGAAAACAGCUCUCAUGCAUGCAUGCCUUGAACAAGCUGGAGCUGAAGUUCUGUCACUACUUCUGAGCAGUGGAGCUGAUCCGACUUUGGAGGACCAUGCAGGCCUGUCAGCACUGGUUUACGCUGUCAAUUCAGGCAACAGGGAGGUUCUUAAAGUCCUCCUGGAUGCCUGUAAAGCAAAGGGGAAGGAGGUCAUCAUCAUUACUACCAACAAAAUGCCAUCUGGCCAUCAGAUGACAAAGCAAUACCUUAAUGUCCCCCCACCUCCUGACCUUGAGGAGCGUCUAUGUUACAGCCAAUCAUCUUGCUACAUGAUGGCACCAGAGGUCCAGGCACGAAGUUCACCUCAAGGCUCCUCAGCAAGUACUUCUUCUCAACCUUGCAGUCCCCCCAUUGACUUCAGAGAUCCUCAGUGUUUGAGUUUAGGGCCUGGACAAGCCACAUCCCGACCAGGUUCUCCAAUCCAGCAUCCUAGCCCGUUUUGUGUUCCUGGUGUUGAUAAAAGACUUAAUCUCCACAGACUACUUUCAGAGCAGUGGUCCAAAAGUCCCUCCCCACUGAUUCAGCAAAGCCAGGCAUCUUCUCUGGCCAAUGAGCUGGUGGAAAUCACACCUCAGGAGGAGCUGCCUUAUAAACUUAACAGCAUCUCCAUCCAUGGAAGACCUCCUGCUGUAUCACGCCACCACAGCAUUGAUGUGAAGGAUGGAAGUGGGCUUCUGAAAGCACUAGACAGUAUGUCAGGAAAUGAGAACAGAAGGCGAAGAGCCUUUGGACGGAAGAUGUCAUAUGACAGUGCUGCAGGUUCACUCCAUUCUGUGUCACACCCAAACCUACAUCAGGACAAUCAUUUUCCCAAUGGAUCCAGCCCUGUGGAUGAAGAUUCCUCUAACUGCCUCAGACAACUGAACGUUUCCAGUCUGCAAAAUGUGAUCCGUCGACGAAACAUUGGUUUUGACCACUACAGUUCUGACUCCCAGUUGCCACAGUUUGGCGGUCGAGACAAUAACUCCAAAAAUAGUGGUACAGCUGGAAUGGGAACAGAGCGGCACAAGUUUCUCAACAGCAGAUCUGCUACUCUGUCAGGAUCCAGGGAGUCCUUGGACAGCUCUGCCCAGAAACGAAGCACAGCCGGGGUGGAACAAAGAGGCUCGGGGGCUCUCCUUCUGGAUCACAUUGCCCACACUCGCCCUGGAUACCUCCCUCCUUUGAAGCCCCAUGCUCUAAUUCCAGACAUUGGGGUGAGCUCUAGAUCUUCCUACGUUUUGUGUGGGAGUAGUAAGACACUAAAUAGUGUUCCCUCAGGGUCAAAGACCAUUUUACCCUGUGCACCAGCUUUCCCAAGAGACCUAAAAUCCAAGAAAAUGCUGUGGAGGCGCCACUCAAUGCAGAGUGAGCAGAUCUCUCACCUGUUCAACUUCGAGGAAACAUUUGGACACUAGAAUAAAAUCUUGCUGCUGUACAGUAUGAGCAAAUGUAUGCCCAUUCCCCUGUAUAAUACAAGCUCUCUGUGUCUAAGGUGCUGCUGAUCUGCGGUGAAGUAACCUUACAUUACAAUUACCAGAAAAAAUAACAAGGCCUUAUAUUAGCACCAGACAACAAAUAAUUUAUUUUUUAAUUACACUUGGUGGUUACUUGGCCUUGAGAUGAUUUGUUUUGAUGAUCAAAAAGAUGAUCAAUAAUAUAUACAUAUGUGCACAUACAUAUCCUUUUUUUUGUCCUAUCCAACAGUUCAACAAGCAGCGUAUAUUAAGCUGAUUGCCAUAUUGUAAUGGAGAGUUUUGGUUUUUCAAAAGGAGUCUAUAAAUAAUAUAUAUACUCCUCUUGACUAAUGGUUUAUGUUUGUUUUUAUUUGUCCUUUCCAAAUAAUUGGAAUGUCGCAGAGUUGGUUGUCUUUAUUUAUUUAACUAAAUAAAGAUAAACUUUUAGAGAAAACUCGGUUAACACAUUAAUAAUUAAAUAACUGCAGUACUUUUGUUAACUAUUAUAAUAAUGAUAAUACAUAUAAGUGUGCAUAUACUCAUACAUAAAUACAUUAAUAUACAGCGUAUUUGUCUGUAUCUGAACAAACACCCAGCCUUGCUCUCCACUUUGUUUUCUUUGUUGCCAGAGUUUAUCUUCUAGAAUUUUUCAUCUAAAUUGGCAAUUAGGAAAUCUGUAUCCUUGAAAAUAUAAAACCUUCUCAGAUACUAUUGUCACCAUCCACAGUUGCCAGUGGCAACAGUUAAGUGGUGCACUCAGCCUUCAGCUUUCUUCAUUAAGCUGUAUUAUAUUGCACUCUCUGUUCUCAAUAAACCUUGUUAGUACCAAAUAUUUGAGUGGCUUUGUAUCAAGAUGUGCACCCCAUGAUGCUCCUAUUGGCUGACUGACACUAAGCAUGUUGCAUCACUUC